AUGACAGAAAAACAUAACUCCAAGCCAAUUAAUAACAUGUCUUCAUCCGAUUCCAACAUCGAAGAUUUUGAAGCAGGCCGAUAUGGUCCCCUGGCCCAUGUUAACACUGCCGAGAGCCGCCUCCCUGCCUUUGGUGGUGAGUUCCAACCGGGCCUCUACCGAUCACCCAGGGAUCGCCGAUUCGCCAACCCAGCGCCUCUCGGUCUAUGUGGAUUUGCCUUGACGACUUUCAUGCUUGGGUGUAUUCAAAUGAAUGUAAAGGGGAUCACGAAGCCUAACAUGAUCGUUGGGCCAGCUUUGGCAUACGGUGGCCUAGUACAGCUUCUUGCAGGAAUGUGGGAGAUGGCAAUUGGGAAUACAUUCGGUGCUACCGUUUUGUCUUCUUAUGGAGGAUUCUGGAUCUCUACUGCCAUUAUUUUUAUCCCCGGCGGAUUCAACAUCAUGGAUGCCAUGAUCGAAGCCGAUGAAGGAUCCCACAUAAUGUUCUACAAUGCUUUUGCCCUCUACCUCAUGGCCUGGUUUAUAUUCACUUUUAUGAUAAUGCUGUGCACAGUCAAGUCAACUGUAGCGUUCUUUUCUCUUUUCUUCGUUGUUGAUCUCGCUAUUCUUCUCAUCGCUCUAUCAUACUUCUACCCCAAUGCGGAAGAACUGCCUAAUGAAGGCCUGAUGAAGGCAGGGGGCCUCUUUGCCUUUUUGGGAGCUUUUCUAGCUUGGUAUAACGCCUUUGCUGGUAUUGCUGAUAAUAGUAAUAGUUUCUUUGUUGUCCCUGUUGUCCAUUUCCCAUGGUCUGAGAAAAAGCGAAGCGCAAGACAAGCGAAGGGUGUAAGUGGUGCUGUCUGA